AUGCUUGACGGGAGCGCUUGUGAGAGUUCUUUGAGCUCCAAGCAAAUAUUUUCGACUGCGGAAACGGUAGAUCGACCAGCUUUGCGCCAAACGCUUAAACCAAUUUUGGCCAUCUCUAAUACUUUUGCUGCAAAUCGAUCAGCACCAUUUCCAUCAAAGAAAGUUAUGAAUUUCCUGGCUAAAGUCGACUCGAAAAUGCUUCAGCUAGAAAGGCCCUCUUACGAAAUCUUGGAAAAAUCGAAAUCUCCUGCACACUAUGCUUCGAUUCAUUACUCAGACAACAUGACUGUGAGUCUAUUCGGUCUUCUCGAUGUUGAAGAUAAGCUGCCCCUGCACGAUCAUCCAUUCAUUCACGGCUUCAUCAAAGUUAUCUAUGGAAAAUUUCAGGUUUUCUCGUUUUCUGCAAAAAGUGACGUUGCUCCAGAGAUCGGAGGAGAAAUUGAGACUUUUUAUGAAGGUGUUCAAGUGGUGACCCCGGAAGAUGACGUCAUUUAUUUAGCGCCCGGUUACGGAAAUAUACAUGAGAUCAGAGCCUUGGAGCCCAUCUCAAUCUUCAUCGAUAUUCUGAUUCCAGGCUAUGGAAGCAAUACAGCUGCUCACUAUGAAAUGCCAAGGCCACUGCCUCCACCAAAAACCAAAGUCACUCUGAAGCGAAAACGAAAGCAUUUUUGGACAACAAACAUCGAUUAUCCAACACUGUCGAAUCUU